GAUCUUGGUUAUGCUAUGGCAAUACAUACUAGUCAAGGAAUGACUCUCAAGGCUCCACAAUGUGUUUGGGUCAUUGAUGAACAUUUGGCUUGGGAUGAUUUAAUAUAUCUUGCAAUUGAUUGUGUAAAAUAUUUAAAUCACCCUAUUCAGAUUGAAGAUCCACCAUUACUAGAA